AUGGCAUCGCAACGCCCGCCGCUGCUGCAAUGGCUCUGCGGCCUGCUGCUGCUCGCCUGCGCCGCCAACGCCCUCAAGUUCGACCUGGCCGCGCACUCGGGCGCCGAGAACCAGCGCAAGGAGAGGUGCAUCCGCAACUUCGUCCCCCGCGACACGCUCGUCGUCGUCACCGUCACCUCGGACGGCUUCAAGGGCGACGGCAUGAUGGUCAAUGUUCACAUCCGCGAUGCCCUGGGCAACGAAUACGCCAGGCCGAGGGACGUUGUCGGCGAGUCCCGCUCCGUCUUCACCUCGCACGACGAUGCGCACUUUGACGUGUGCUUUGAGAAUAUCCAGUCAGGAUCCCGCCGCCCCAACCCCUCCUUGCGCCACAUCGAGCUCGACAUCGACAUCGGCGCCGACGCCAAGGACUGGUCCGCCAUCCAGGCCACCGAGAAGCUCAAGCCCGUCGAGGCCGAGCUGCGCCGCAUCGAGGAGCUCACGGCCGAGAUCGUCCAGGAAAUGGACUACCUGCGCGUGCGCGAGCAGAAGCUGCGCGACACAAACGAGAGCACGAACACGCGCGUCAAGUGGUUCGGCGUCGGCACCACCUGGCUGCUCAUCGGCCUGUGGGCCUGGCAGAUUAUGUACCUGCGCGCCUACUUUCGCUCCAAGCACCUCAUCUAG